AAGGGGCGUGUAAAACUAAUACAACAGCUUUGCCACAAAUUUACCAAACUAUUCUUACCACAUAAACCAAACAUUAGCAGCAGUAUACGGCUUUAUAAAUGGGAAAUACAUCCUUUUGUUUUAGAACGAUGAAGCAAAUCUUUCCAUCAAUGUUGAAAUAAAAUUACUUAAAGAAUUUCAAGGGACUACAGUCAAAACUUUUGGUCACGAAUUCACGAUCUAAUGGUGGUUGUUACUUCUGUACAGUAACAAUUUUGCAGGCUCUGUACAGUAACAAAAUCCGGGGAUAGCCGGAUAUCGCGUAAGUUAAUGAGAAGCGGCUGCUCAUAAAAGGGUCUAGUUCUGUUUUCGUUGACUUUCCAUCUUCGACCCUUUGGUGAUGGAGAUUCGAUUACGAUAACCAUUAGUAUUAUUACAAACCCGGUAACAAACAAACAAACGAACGCAGAGUUUGUGUAUCAGAGAGAUUACUGGUAAGAGAUUCAUGUAAUUUAAGAUGAAACCCGGACACAUAAUCAAGUUAUCGUUUAUUCUUUUUCUCUUGUUCAAUAUUUUUCUGCCAAGUGUCUCGUCGUCAUCGUCGUCAAGAAGAUGCAAAGCAUGGGUGGUUCAAUCGAUACCCACCAACAUGCCCCACCUGCGACGUGUCCCUGGCGUUCUCUCUACAGGGAAUGUGUUAAAGUGGAUGGCUGGAAACUCUACGAAGAAACUAGAUAUAAUAGCUCAGUACUGGCAACUGUUGGCUCACCCACAUGAUCCUCGCUCAGGAGAUUAUGGUUACUCUGAUGAAGAUAUGGAAAGUUUUGGUGCACAGGAAGGUUCUGAUGUUUACCAGGCCCUGGAGAAUGCCGCUGACCAAAAUGUCAGUAUAAGGUUAUUGCAGCAUUCAGGAGUGUAUCCUGACUACACCACUGAACCAUCAAACCUUGCUUCAGGUAGACCUAAUGUGCAGAAUGUGACCUUAUUACUCAGUGAUUGGUGGGGGUCAGGCAUUGUCCACACUAAAGUUUGGAUAUCAGAUCGCCGUGAUGUGUAUAUUGGAUCUGCUAACAAUGACUGGAAAUCUCUUACUCAGGUGAAGGAAGUUGGAAUUUAUAUUGUUGACUGUCCAAGAAUAGCCAGAAAGGUUGAGGCCUACUUUGAUAACCUAUGGAAGCUUGGAUCUCUUAAUUCUUCAGCUUACACAAGAACUGUAUCAGACCAACAGUGGCAGAUUAAUAGAACAGUUCCCUGCUGGUCUCAUUUUCUCAAUUCUAAAGAUAGGUGCAGGUCACCUCUUCCUAGAUCUGUGGAUGUUCCGCAUGUAGAUGGCUACCCAAUACUGUCAGAUCCUUACAUGUUUGAAAUGCAAAUUGACACUCCUGGACGCAAUUAUUCAACUUUACAGCCUCAACCUAGUUAUCUCUCAUUUGCUCCACCAGAGCUUUCAUUUGGCAGAUAUCAGGCUGAUGAACAAGCUUGGGUGGAUACAAUUAAAUCUGUAGGAAAUGGGGCAACCCUUAGAAUUAGUACAAUGGACUGGCUUGGUCAAUCACAAUAUAUGAAGCAAACAGUUUAUUGGUCAUCCCUUUCCUCUGCAAUAUCACAGGUUGUCUUCUCUAAGCAUGUAAAAGUGAAGAUUUUGGUAGCAUAUUGGGCGCAUUUUAUCAACAACACAGAUCAAUAUCUGAAACAUCUUCUUUACUCCAAUGUCCUUUGCUCUUCUUCAAAGUACAACAAAUGUUCUGGGAAAGUUGCGAUCAAGUACUAUAAGGUACCCGGUUACAACUUGACAGGACCUGCUAUUCACAAGGGAACCAAUACCGGAAAUAUCUAUCCGGGGUUUUCCCGAGUGAACCAUGGAAAAUAUGCAGUUAGCGAUGUGCGAGCUCAUAUUAGUACCAGCAAUCUUGUCUGGGAUUACUUCUAUACAACAGCUGGUGUCAGCUUUGGAACAUACAGUCCUGCCAUUGUUGCACAACUACAAGAAGUUUUCGAUGCUGACUGGAACUCGCAGUAUGCUGUUCCAGUCGAAGAAUUGGGUGAAGUUCAUGUGUAUGCUAGCUGAUGAAAUGCUUGAUGUUGUUGAAGCUGGCCAGUUCAGUGAAAGCAAUCUAUUGUAAUGGUAAACUGUACAUGAAAGAACUGACUGCAUUGUACUUGCUUGAAUUGAUGAUUCUUAAAGCUGAAAAUGUCAUGUUAAAAAUACUACAAUAGUGGGGAUUUUUAUCAAAAUU